UUUGAUGACAGCUGUGUAAAGACAGUGUCACAAAAAGGAAUUAAGGAAAAGAAGAGCUCGGAGUGUCUAACAGCUAGCUACAGCCGGCGAAGUUACUUACAAAAUUCGUUGAUAAGAUAACUUUCGUGAAACUUAACGACAGUGGCACUUGGCAGCAAUGAAAGUUUUAAAUUCGCACACCGAUUAGCGACGAAUCAACAGAUGGAGUACGAAUUGGCUGAAAUAAAUCGAGAGCUGGUCAUAUUGAAUGCAACUUGUUACACUUCACUUCAAUAUUUCUGUUGAAGUUUCUGUACCACUGAUCUGUUGUUGUAGGCCAAUGGACUUAUACUGUGAUUUCCAAAGAUAUUUGUUUUAAAAGAUGACUCGUAAAUGCGUUCUUUGCAAGAGAACUAACUACAUACGAACCUUCAGCUUUUUUUCUGCCCCAAAAGAUCUAGAGACACGCAAAAAAUGGCAGGAAGUUAUUCCCAUCGCCAAUUACACAGUCACUGAUGACACUUACAUCUGCAGUAAACACUUCAAAUCAUCUGAUGUAAUCACACAUUGGGUCAGCGGUGUGCCGCCUCACGUUAUCAGAAUCAAGUAUAAAAAGUUUAGAUUGCGAGCUGGAGCAGUUCCGUGUUUAGAUAUCAAAGAAGAUAAUAAUUCAGCAAAUAUGAUUAUACCUGAUCAAUCUGGGUUCCGUGAUUAUCUACUUCGAAGAAAAAAUUACAAAGAGUCUAUAUCAAUUAAUUCUCAUGUCAAUGAAUCUAGUUUUAACUAUUCCAAUGAGGCGAACUUUGAGAAAACCAGUAUUGCUGAUAAGAGACAUGUGCUCUUCAGUCAGUUGGAGCGAACAGAUGAUUACAUCAAUGAAAACAGAAUGCAGAAUUCAGAUGAUGGUCGGAUACAGAAAUCUGCGGACUCUAUAGAAGUCACGGAAUUUGGUCAAGCUGAUAAUUAUUUCAUCUUUGACUAUAAACAGAUGUACAACGACAAAAGCGAGACAUCGAUUAUUGUCGAUAAGUUACAAGAGAGAAAUGAAAAUUCUGAAAGAAAUCUUCUGGCUCAUUGUGUUCAGAUGGAACAGAAUAAUGAAAUUUUGAAAGAGGAAUUAAUAAUAGAAGAUCCCCUAAAGUUGUACAAAGUUCACAAAAAUGACGAGUGUAUGAAAGAUGACAGCGAGAUGGAAAAAAGACAAGAGAUUGACGCUUGUCUUGUCACAGAAACAUUGACAUUCCCUGUCGAUAAAGAGUGUGGCGAAAAAAUGUCCAACUCUGUACUAAAUGACACAAUGCUGUUUGAAGAUUUGCUUGAAAUUUACACAGAAGUUACACUACCGCGAGGCUGGUCAUUUCUUGUAACAUCGAAAGGACAUGCAACGACUGUUGUUUACCUUUGCAUGAAUUUUUCAACAAAUCACAUACCCAUUGUGAACAAAGCAGUGUACAUAAGAAGUGAUAUGAUAAUGCACUGCAGUGUCGGUAGCAGAAAAAUAAACCCGUUCCUUCAUAAUCUUGUGAGAAAUGGUAAAACCAAUAAAGUCUAUACUUUAUCUGAUAUUGAGGAACUCGUUGAUGAAUUGGACCAGCGGAAUAUCUGUGAAGGUAUUGAUUGGGGUCCAAACGUUCAAGACUUCGAAGCUGUUAGAAUGGGAAUUGCGUAUGUGGAUACAGUGAAAUGGAGACACAUGGAAUGUCCCCUCGUCAUGAACAACAAGUCUUCAAAAUGCUCAAAAUGUGCAAGUCUGAACGUCGCCUUGGCUCAAAGAAGAAAUAGGGAGCCUAUCUACAAUAUGCUUCUGGAAAAACAAAAGGAAAUUGAAAGGUUGAGGAGAUCAUUGAAGAAAAUAAACAGGCACAAUCGACGUCUGAACGAAAUUCGGUUCAAUUUCAAAAACAGACUCAAAUCACUCCUAGCGGGUUCAAAAUGAAAUGUUGCCAAUAGGAUUAUACCAGAAUUUCAAGAAUUGAUGACAUGAUUCAGGAUGCCUCAGAACGAAUUGGUUAGGAGUUGAAAAACACAGUAUAUUAUGUAACAAGCGAAUAACCCGUUAUAUUCCCGUGUUGCAUGUGGGAUAUUAUUCCUGACUCAACUGUGACCACUUUAUUGAUUUGAAAAAGUGGUUACCCCAUUAGUGCGAGAAACUUGCUACUUUCAUCCCGCUUUUCAGGUGAAUAAAGUGGCCAUUACAGUUGAGUCGGGAAUAAACACACAAAAUUCUGGUUUGUUUCUUUGCCUCUAGUUUUAUAUUUACUCACUUCCAAUGUAUAUAUGUACAUAUAUGUGAUUGUUACAAUAAAAUGACUCGACCCUU